AUGAAGAGCAGAUUGAGGACCAAAGUAUGGUGGCCUAAGUGCGACAAAGAUGCUGAAAACAUAUGCAAAGCCUGUAAAGGAUGCAUCCUGGUCUCUGCUCCCAGCGCCCCGAACCCAUUAAAAAGAAGAGAUUUACCUUCCGAACCGUGGGUUGACAUAGCAAUCGACCUCAUGGGCCCAUUACCUAGUGGAGACUAUAUCCUGGUAGUCGUGGAUUAUUAUACCAGAUAUAAAGAAGUGAAAACAUGCAGAACCAUAACAAGCUCUGAAAUAAUUGAAAUGCUUAAAGAAAUUUUUAGCAGACUUGGCAAUCCAGUCUCCCUCACAUCAGAUAAUGGUAGACAAUUUUCUAGCGAAGACUUUAAGAGCUUCUGCGCAGAGAGGAACAUACGACUCUACAAUACCAUUCCCUAUUGGCCGCAAAAAAACGGAGAAGUGGAGCGCCAGAAUAGGGACAUCCUAAAACGCCUCAAGAUCUCUCAAGUAGAGAAAAAGAACUGGAAGGAGGCUCUCCAGGAGUACAUGGUGAUGUACAAUAGUACACCUCACACAGUUACAGGAAAAACACCUGCGGAACUGUUCUUUCGACGGCAAUUUCGAGACAAACUGCCUAUGCUCCAAGACAUGACGCAUCUCUCAGAGGAUCUUGAAAUGAGGGAUAGAGAUAAAGAACUAAAGGAAAAAGGGAAGGAAUAUGCGGAUAGGAAGAGAGAGGCUACUAACUGUGAAUUGGAAGUCGGAGAUAAAGUAUACGUCAAGAACAUGACUAAACAAAACAAGCUGAGCUUAAACUAUCAACCCGAAACACAUACCGUCGAAGCGAACAAAGGAGGGGACGUAAUUCUUCGGAACGAUGAAACUGGUCAGCAAAUCAGACGGAACGUCGUACAUCUAAAACGAGUGGAAGGGCAAUGGAAGGUACUAGAUGAUGAAAAUAAUGCUAGUGGUACUCAAACUAACGAUAAUGGUGACGUAAAUCAAUCACAACUCGAGUGA